AGUCAUUGUCUCUUCUUCGUGACUGGCUCAAAACUACUUGGUGCUUGAACAUGUAAGAGGCAGAAUAUUCCAGGAAUAAAUAUCAACAACAAGACUCCUAUAACAAGCAAGCCCGUGAUGACCGGCGUACUAACAGGCGGAGGUUCCAUCAACUCCAAUUCUUUUUUGGAUUCUUAUUGUUCAAACAUGGCGUCAGCCUUAGCAGGUCAAGUGGAUAACUCUGGCCUAUCAAAAAGAGUACUUGUUUUAAAAAUACCGCGUAAUACACUUCAACAAUUAGAAGAUAGUUGUUCAAAGAACAACAUUUCCAAGUCUUAUUUGUUGCUUUCUAAGCAUGGAAAUAAGGAAGGUGAGAAACUGGUUGUCGCAGUUGAAGCUGGCAGAAUGGAGGAAAAACAACUCAAAUUCAUUCCCGAAAGGCCUUCUAUGAUAGUAUUUAGUCAGUUAAGAGAUGACGAGACAGGUCAAGUGAAACUGGAAGGAACUGUGGAGCGACAAGGUUUUGUUCAAACUUCCUUAAGUGGUGACUACAAGUUGAAACAACGUAAACUUCAAGAACAGCUCAAACCAAAUAGAGUAACAAACUUUCUUGACGAGGAAAGUUUGCUUUAUGCACACGAAGACGGUUUGAAGCCAGGUCAGCAUUGGAAAGCAACUCAAGCAUUUGAAGAGAGAAAGAGAAAGAACGUGGAUGAUCGUAGAGUCGUGGAAGCAGGAAAUAGUGAGUGGAAGGAAAACUGUCUGCUCAAGCUGUUUCAAUUAUUUGAACGAAAGCCUAGAUGGAGUAUUCGAGAAUUAAACAACGAAAUACAGAUACCCACAAGUCGUCUAAAGACUGUUGUCAACGAAGUAUGUCAAAUUCAUAGAAGUGGGCCUUUGAGAGGGCAAUAUGAGUUGAAAGAUGAAUACAAAACCAAGCAGCAACGAGAUGAAACUGCGGCAGAUGCAGCAGCACUUAUGGAGGAAAUUCGAGCCUCCUCAACACCCGGGUCGAUCGAAGACUUGAUGCCUGUUGGAAAAUCUCGUCGAUAUCAAUAAGUUGAUGGAAACUGAGCCAAAUUUUUCAAGCAGAAUGGAAUGAAGGACAUUUCAAUCAAACUACAUAUCUGUAUAUAAUGAUUAUAUUCAUUUUUUGCAGAGGGAUAAGAAAAUUCUCGUUAUCGUUAUGUCUCUAUGAAACAUCUUUGUCCUAUAAAGUUAUUCCUCCAAUACCUUAUUUUGACAUCAUCAGUGAAUAUUGCUGUAUUAUAUUUAUUUAAUUU